CUCAGCUGUGUUUGCCCAGCCUUGUUGCCUGCCGCCUACGAGCUAGGAGCACUCAGCCUCCUCGCCGAUUAGACUUUCAUGGACAUUUCUCCGAGGCUCAGCUCUUUCUGGGUCUCUCCACUUUUGGUAUACCUCAAGGUCCUCGCAUGACAUCAAUCUCUCUCCAUUUUCGUCAACUUGAGGUUCGAAUACAUUCAUAGAUUACAAUCGACAAAAUGAGAAGUAACUUCAGCACUGAAACUGUGCCUGGUGCGCCAUGGGCAUUCAUUGCUGUGAUGGGGGUCACUGGAGCGGGGAAGAGUACGUUCAUUCAAUGGGCAAGUGGAAGCUCUGAGAUCCAGAUAGGGCAUGAUCUUGAAUCCUGUACAUCUGACAUAACUGGCUACACAUUCUAUUUCAACGGUUACAACAUCAACCUAGUCGACACGCCUGGUUUUAACGACACACACAAGUCGGAGACUGAAGUAUUGCAAGACAUCGCCACAUGGUUGCGAGAGACCUAUGAAGGUGAUACACGGCUGAACGGCGUAAUUUACCUGCAUUCUCUCGGCAAUGUUCGCAUGGAAGGCUCAGCCUUGCGUAACCUCAAGAUGUUCCGUCAGCUCUGCGGUAGAGAACCUCUCAAAAACGUCAUAUUAGCCACUACAUUCUGGUCCAAAGUGACAGACGAUGAAGCUCUCAGAAGAGAAGAGCAACUUCGAGCCACACCAGAAUUUUGGGGCGAUAUGCUCGACCGCGGUUCAACAAUGAAACGUCUCGUUGAUCGCCCUAAUGCACUCGAGAUCGUUGGCCUAUUAGUCAAGAAACCACAAGUCACACUCCAAAUCCAACAUGAACUUGUCGAAGACAACAAGUCGCUUGUCGAUACCGCAGCUGGACAAGCGGUGAAUGAGGAGCUUAUGCGACUUCAGCAGAAACAUGCAGAAGAUCUUGAGCGCGUACAGAAGGAGUUGCACGAGGCACUGGAAGAAAAAGAUCAUGAAAUGCAAUACAUCCUAGAGCAGCAGUCACAGCGUCUAGACAAGGAAAUGGACAAGGUCCGCAGACAGCAAGAACAACUGCGGUACGACCGCCGCGCCGAGCGACGAAAGAUCGAGUCCGAGUUUGGGCUCCAGAUGCACCAAAUGCGCGAAGAGUACGAGCGCCGGGCCCUCGCCGAACGAGAGGCUCAGCAAGUCAUGCUCCAACAACUCAACUUUGAUCAAGCUGUUGCACUCGUGCGAGCGAAUGAGAGUAAGAUUCCUGUUCGAGAGAGGGAGGAGUUGGAAAGGAAGAUUGCUGAGUUGUCGAAGGAGCUGAAUAGCAUGUCUGCGAACAAGACGAAACCUGAGAAGAGCGGUGUUCGUACGGAGAGGAAGAAGAAAGGAAGCAGUAGAUAUCUGUUCAAGGCGCUGCAGGUUGUGUUGCCCGUUACGACAAUGGCGCUGCUUGGUGUGCCGAUAUUUUCACCAUUCGGGGGUGGCGGAGGAGGGCUUAUGGAAAAGAUUUUGGGUGGUGGAGGAGAAGAAGAACCAGCUGUUUGAAGAAAUUGACCGAAUUACGAAAUAUAUGCAAGUAAAUAGCGAAUACACCUGCCUUAGGCAAUCAAGAGUUCAACAAGGAACAUGACUUACCUAGAAGGCCC